CAGCGCAAUUUCCUUUCUCUGCUCUGUCUAGUUAGCAUUAUCAACUGUCAUUCCUUUAAUUUUGAUUUUGAUUCUUUAAAUUGUGUUAUUUUAGUUGGAUUGUUUUUUAUUUCCGAUUUUAAUAUUUUUGCGACAGUUUAAUGUCUUUUCACUAUCCACGUAGAGUAAAAGAUUUACCUGCUUUAGAACCGGACUCUGACGAUGAAGAUGUUAAUCAGGAGCAUAAAAAUGCAGAUGUACUUCAAAAAAACGCAUCGAAGAAUUAUUUAGCUGUAAAAGAAGCUCCCCAAAAAGUAUUGGGAGCUUUUAGCAAUAUGCGAAUGUUCCCCAAGCGUUGCUCAGAAUUACCCACCCUCGAUUCAGAUGAGUCCGAAGAAGAAGAAAAUCCCAAUACUGAUAAUCUUAAUUGUGCUAUAUUAAAUGAUUCCUUUAUCAUGAGUCCUGCGGAUAACUCUGUACUGAAAACACCCGGCCCGCCAUCAGACGUUAAGAAAAAGCGUUCUGCUGGUAAUCUCUCAUUUCUUACAGAUUUUAAUAAAUUGGCCUUAGACACUGAAGGCAAGGAAAAUAUAAAUAAGAGUGAAGAUUUAUUAACGGCAGUGGUUGAAAAUAUACAACCAAAUGCCGCUAGUACCGCAAGAAAGCCACUUUUAAGCCGACCAGUCACUUUGUGCGCUCUACAAAGUAUAAAGGAAGAUAAAGUGGCAAACGAUAACACUGCCGGAAAUAUUGACCGUAAAAGUAAUGAAAACUGUGCUGGAGGUGUUUUGCAACGUUUUAAUUCUAAUCCUACACCACCGAAAAAUUCAAAGUACUCAGAUUUAGAAACACCACUUCGGCCAAACAGCACAGCACUUAUUCCUGCAGCAGCUUCUACAAAUGACCAUAUUGUUGACUCGCAAUUUGCUACACCCCAAAUUCGAUCAUUUUCAGUACAGCGGAGGCCACGAGGCUUGUGUUCGACGCAGUCUCAAAAAGAGCGUACGGCAAUUGCAAAUGAGUUCCGCUCACAGAAGGUACUGUUUCAAACGCCGAUGGCUAUAACGCGUCCACACGUUGUAUGUUUACCCAAUGAUAGUAUUACAUUAUCACUUUGUGAUUCCAUAAAUGGUGCUGAAACCACGCCGAAAACUACCGAAAAUAUACAAGAGAAUACUCAGAAAAGUAAUGUAAAUAAGCAACAGAUAAAUGUUAAAUCGAAGAAAUCACUGGAGAAUGCUUUUUCAAACCCAGAUAAACAGGAGGAGCCUGAUGGAAAGAAACCACCUAACACAAAGAGUUCAGUAUCGAAUGAAAAUAAUGGUAUUUUGCACAUUAAUAAUUCUGAUUAUACAAUCAUAAAAAAAAUCGGUUGUGGAGGCUCCAGUUCCGUUUAUUUGGCAAAAAGAAAUUCAGAUGGUAAUGAAUGUGCACUAAAGGUUGUUGAUUUGCGUGGUGAUCCAGUUGUUGUUGAAGGUUAUUUAAAUGAAACAAAACUAUUGGCAAAACUUCAAGGAAACAUCUGUGUGGUGACACUUUUUGAAUAUCAACUUUUGCGUAAUGAGUCACGACUCUUUCUCGUUAUGGAAAAGGGAGAUUCGGAUCUACAUAAAAUUUUACAGACAUACACCACGAAUUUGCCCCUAUAUGUACUUAUGAAUUUUUGGUAUCAAAUGUUGCAAGCGGUUAAUUACAUACACCAAAAUGGCGUUAUACAUUCUGACUUGAAGCCAGCAAAUUUUCUGAUGAUAAAUGGUCGUUUGAAGUUAAUAGAUUUUGGUAUUGCCAGUAACAUUGCACUGGACUCAACAAGUAUAAUAAAAUUUUCUCAAGCCGGAACAUUUAAUUAUAUUAGUCCGGAAGCACUAACCGACACAUCAACGGGAUCUAGCCCGAUGCGCAGCAAUCAACCAAAAAUAAAGAUAUCAACGAAAUCUGAUGUUUGGUCUCUUGGAUGCAUACUAUACUUGCUGCUUUAUAAGCGCACUCCAUUCUCGCAUAUCAAAAAUACAUAUGCCAAAAUAAAUGCUAUUACAAGUCCUACCACAAACAUCGAAUAUCCUACAAUUCCUUUAUAUUAUCCAGCAAUGCUUGUGCACAUGGCAAAAAAUUGCUUACAACAUAAUCCAAAAAAGCGUCCAUCAUGCGCUGAACUACUACAGUAUCCAUUUAAUAUGAUUAUACCGAUACAAAAUUUAGCGGUACCUUCCACGAUUAAAGAAAAAAAUUAAAACUCAAUAUACAUAUACAUAGCGUAGUGAUUAAAAUCUUGAUUUAGUUUAUAUUUCAUCCUCGAUUUAUGUAGGUCACACAUCUGUAAACUAUAAAUGCUUUUACAUUUACAUAUACACUAUUUAUAAAUAUAAGUACAGAGGAAUAAUAAAUAUUUUUUAAAAUAUACAUAUCUUGUUCAUUAGUAAAAAAUGAUUGCAAUUGCAAUCUGGCACCUCAUAUAGCAAAUAAAAGAUAUAUUACAGCAACAUAGCGCUUGAUCUUUGAUUCAUGAAAACUUGGUGAUUGGCUUAUCGAAGAAACAACUGGUAAAAAUAACAUAAACUAGCAUUAGCAAUUAUAUGCCCAUAUAAUCCCUUGCAUUGAAAUGAACUAGACAACUUCAUUGUUGUUUUCACAAACUAUUUUUCCGAGCAAUAUCGCGUCAAUAUUUGAAACUGCAUUAGACUUCCAAUGUAAAACUUAAUUUGUCUUUGAAACAAUUUCAGGCAUAAUUCUACUCACGACGAAUUUCUGCCAUAUUUACGAAAAUGAAAAUUUGGUGGCACUUUAUUUAGUUCCUGAAUUUAAAGCGAAUUUAAAUUUUCGUACAAUCAAUUUCGAUAGAACAAACGAGGAAGCAGAUGAAAAUAACAGUAGCAAAACCUAAAUUGCUACGACCAAUACCAGUGUUCCUGUUCAUUUCAAAUUAACCGCAAUAAAAUAAAAGUCAAUUUGUUCGUUAUAAUUUAAAUAUGUUUAUUUUUGUUUAUCAUAAUAUAUCAUUCCUUCAUAAAUUCCUCAAACUGUUUUCCUACCAUUUUCACUUCGAUCUGCCAUCAAGAAAAAUUCAACCAUUACUAUAUGUUUAAUUAUGAUCCAACACUGAAUCAUUCAUUCGUGUGUAAAAACAUGCUUAAUUAUUAACGCUGGUAAUACUGCCUAAUUAACUUGUAUUCCCCAUUUAUUUAUUUCACUAAACCCAUUCAAAGGAAGCAGCAAUAUAUUACUCAAACCGCUUCACUUUUCUGAUCAAAAUUAUAUCCGCAGAUUUAUUUUCAGUUUUAAGAUCUGCUGUUUACCUACAUUGCAUACAUAUUUCUCCGCUAUUCAGUAUCGAUAUUUUUUACUUUUUUUUUUAGUGGCGAACGCUUUUUAAUUGCAUUUCAUAUAUAUGAUUUUGGUUAUAAUUGCCAGUUAUUUUGCAAUACAAGAUUGGAUUUUAAUCAAAUUGGUAUGUAGUGCAUAUUGAAAAAAAAAUAUUGUUUGUAGAGUAGUAGUUUGUUUUCUUUAUUUUGUCGGCUUUAUGUUUGUUUUUGUAGAAAUUAAAAAAGGAAUGCUGAAGCUGCUUGAAACAGGUAUGUCGGUAAAAUUAGUGUACAUAUACUGUUUUUGUUUUUUAACAUCAUUUUUACAUUGUACAUGGAAAUAUGAAAAUAUCAGUUUUUUUUUUUAACAUUUACGUGAAAAGAAAAUAAUAGUUUACUAAUUUUAGGCGACAACCACUUUUGGCUUUUAUAAAUGCUAUCAUAAAUAUAACUGAGCCAAUCGACUUUAAAUUAAAAUUUUAUGCCUUCAGUCAAUCGAAUUAUGAAACUUAAAAUAUCAAUUAAUGAAAUAAUAGCGUAAAAUGGUAAUUAAUUUUUAGCAGUUACUCAUUUGAAGCUCAUGUCAGCAUAAGUCUUUGCAAAUUUGUGACCACAGUAACAAGCAUUUCGCAGUACAAUUUCCAUUUACACAUACGAGUAAAUAAAUUGCAAAAAGUGAGUUUGUUCAUAUUAUUAUUACUGAGAUUAGUGUAAAUACCCCACACACAGUUUCUUUUAGUUUUAUUUUUAUUUAUUUUUAAUUUUUUUUGUAAUACUCGUACGCUCAGUUUAAAUUUAUCUACUUUCUUUAAGUAUUUUAUAUAAAAAUAGAUUAAUUUUUUAUGUGUAUGUAUGUUUAAGUAAAUGUUGCUGUUGCUAAGGAUACGCGUUUCUUGUUCAAUUGUUCAUAUAUCGGUCAGUCGUUGAAGUCUGUAAUGUCUUAGCAAAACUAGUCUCUUGCUUGUUUUCAUAUUUACGCAUCUAUGCAAAUAAUUUCUUUAGUUCGGCAAGAUAAAAUAGUCAGUUAAAAUAAAGUAUACAUAUAAAAUAUUUUAAAACCUUUUAUAAUUUGGCAAAUAGAAAUAUAGAAAUUUUUCAAUAUUUAAGAAUUAUCUAAACAACACAUUCGCUUAUUCUUAGUAUAUCCGGAAAAGGGUUGCAAAUAAUGCAUUAAAAAAUGUAUUGUUUAUAUAUAUAUAUAUAUUUUUUUUUUAUGUAAUUACAAAAAUGUUUAUUAAAAAUAAUUUUUAAUCUCAAAUAGCGGAUUGCAAAUAAAAACAAAAUUUUUAUUCCUAACACGGGAAUAAAAUUUUGAGUCCCAAAAACCUAAUUAAAAUGUAAAUAAAAUUAUAAAAAAAAAAAUUUAAUCCCAGGCAUAUAAUUAAAAAUUAAAAAAGAAAUUGUUUUAGGAUUAAAACAUGUACGCGUUUGCAUACUUCGUGUUCUAUCAUUUUGUGCAAGACCUCGCACAGAGCUAUCAGUACACUAGAGCACUGGUCGGCAAACUUCCACAUUCAAACGAUUUUUAUUUUAUUAAUUUUUAUUUCUGAUUUUGGGAUUAAAAAUUGAAAAUUUAAUUCGAAAUCAAGUAUAUUGUAAUUUUAAAAGAGAACACAUUGUUUACAUCUUUAUGUUAGCUAUAACGAAGCAGAAUAUUACUUUAUUUGAUUCAUUACUUUAGUGACUUUAUUGGUUUUAACUCUUGAAUAGAAACUAUGAUUAAGCCAACAACAGUUUUAUUUUCUCGUUCUUCGCAUUGUUUUUUCAAGCCUAGAUUUUAAAAACAAAAGAGAGACAAAGAAACAUUCUAUUCGUUAGAUAUUAUAUAUUUCACUAUAUUCGAUACUUCAAUAUCCAUUGAAUUAUGAUACAAUUAAAUGAUUUGGCGCUUUGAUAUCGAUUUAGAAUUUAAUAGUGUCACACGUGGAAAAAAAAAUCAAUAUUAAAAAUUAUUUGUACGGAUUCAUAUGUUUAUUAAGAGGUUAGGGGUAGACAGAGUUAUCAAAAAAUCAAUUUUCUUUUGCAUAAAAUAUAAUAUCAUAUAAAUAUUCUCUGAAAAUUUGAUGUAAGUCCGACAAGCAUUUUUCGAGUUAUUCGGUAAGGCUUCUCGGGUGUACAUAAAAUUUCAAAUGCGCUGUAAUUUGAAAACGCUCAGUAGAUUUAAAUCUGAUUUAUACAGAUUCAUAUGAAAACAUGAAAAAUUAGUGUCUGGUCCAAGGAUAUACAAAUGUAUGUAUAUAUAAUAUAUUUUUUUUAUUUCGAUUUUUAAUACACACUUAACUGUUAGUUUUUUCAUGAAAAUCUGGAAAACACUUUGCUGAUCCCGGAGGUGGAAAAGUUAUUUUUCAUGUAUCUGACUACACCUAACCCCUUAACUCGUUCUCAUGUUUCUAUACUUUUUAUUAAAAUUUAUAGCAUUAAAACUGCUACUUAGGAUACAUAAGAGAAAAAUCGAUUUAUUUAACGAAAAGUAUGAUUUCUUCACAUUCCACAUUGCCACAUGAGCAUUAUCAAUGUUUGGACAACUUAAAUGAUUUCAACUAUUUCCUAACGUUUUCGAAGCAAACUCAAGACUAUAGUUAAAAUUUAUGUUUAUUAUAUUUUAACUAAGCACUGUGUGUCCUUAAGCAAUUUCUACGUUGUGCAGUGUUGUUGCUGCUUAUAAACUGAAUGUGUGAAAAGUUACAAUGCAUUUUUCGAACACAAUCACCAAUGAGAUUGCUUGCAAUAAGCAACUUUCAAAUACUAUUAUAACGUCUACAGUUCAUACUUUUGUGGUGUAUAAAAUAACAUUAAUUGGUUAUGUGUAUGUAUUUAUGUAUUUUCAUGUAUUUGUAUGUAUAAAUGCAAAGACGUUUCAUGGAACACAAACAGCAUAAUGCUAUUAAGCUUUGCAGAGCAUUACAUAUUCUUCGUUUUUCUAUCCUACAUCCAUCCCAUAAUCGGUACUGCUAGCUUGUUAUUGGUUAUAUAAUUCUUGCAUUUCAUAAUUACACUGCAGUGUAAUUUGCUGUAUCAAUUUACUUUUAAUCAUUAUCAUUUUCUACCUUUGUUGCUUUCGUUUUGCAUAUCAAUCAUCAAACAUUGCACAGUUUUAGGCUUAUACUAAAAUCUAUAUUUUUUGCUAUUUUUUUGUUUCACAUUUAUUCACGCAUAAUUGGUUUGUUUUUUUAAAUUUAACUUUAUGGUUUUUAAUAUCUUUAAGUUUUUAUCUCCUACUAUACUGUAUCAUAAUUUUAGAAUGAUUCAUGUUGCUGCUGUUUGUUUUUUGCUACUUUUUCAUCGCUUAUUGUGCAAAUUAAUGCUUACGAACAUUCUGGUUUGCUGAUAGGUCUGCAAGUAUUUUCUUAUAAUUUUACUUUUGUAAGCUCCUGUGAGAAAUAUGCUUGCAAUUGGCAUA